AUGAAGAACGGCAAAAUUGGACAUGGAAGCUUAUCAGUCACAACAACAGUAGCAGGAAGAGCGCCCGGUAUCAUUGGGUUUGUGUUAAAGGCAGUUGAGCAUGCCAAAGAAGCUGUUGUUGGCAAGAGUUCAGAAACUAUGGAAUCGACGAGGGAGACCACCGAUAAAGCAACUAAGAAAGCAAGGGGGGCAAAGGAUGUUGUGGCAGAGAAAGUUAGGGACACUAAGGAUGUUGCAAUAAAGAAGUCCAAGGAGUACAAGGACUAUACGAUUAAGAAGGCGAGGGAGACAAAAGAUGCGGUGAGGCAGAAGAUUGAGGAAGAACGAGAUGAAAUGGAGAGGGAAGAGUUACAGCAACAACUAGAGACGCCAAGUAUCAUUGGCUUUGUGUUGAAGACCGAAGAAAAAGCUGCUGAGAAAGCUAAGGAGGCAAAGGAUGCUACAGCAGGGAAAGCAAGGGAGUCUAAGGAUACUUCAAAGAAGUCGAAGGAGUACAAGGACUAUAUGACUGAGAAGGAAAGGAAGACCACAGAUGCAACGAGGCAGAAGUUGGAGGAGUAUACUGGGUCGAAGAAGUUGGAAAAGUUGGAGAAGUUCAAGGCAUAUAUUAAGUUCCUACAUAUGCUGUUUGAGAAAAUUCCAGAGCAGGAACCAACAUCACCCCCUCCCUUAAAAAAGGGCAACAAAUACCUCAAGCUGCUCAUUUUGUUUACCAGCAUCAGCUUCUGA